AUGCCCGGGGCCGCGCCCGUGCCUACUCAAAAUGCACUGGCUACUGCCGUAACAUUUUUUCCUAAUAACGCGGCUUCAAAUUCUGCCGCAACGGCUCCUCAAACUAUUGGUGUAAACUUUAACGCAGGCUCCCUGGCAACAUUCCCUUCAUACUUAGGAUCAGUUCCAGGAACCAUGGGUGUUGCUGGCCCUUCACAAUUUGUAAUGGGAAUUAAUAAUGGGCUUGUUUCUUUUGAUAAAACAGGCACUGACGAUGGCUUUCUUUACACAGAAAAUGCUUCGUUUUUAGAUCUUGAUGGUGAUUAUUCAUUGUUUGUUGAUUCUUCAAACGGCCAAUUACGAUACGAUUCAUUCAGCGAUCGCUAUUAUUACACCACUUUGAACUUCG